AUUUCUAUAGUUUAAAAAAGUCAACCACGUGACUGCAAAAUGAGAUUUGUUUCAGGAGCAAACAGAAACUUCAACUUCAUAACUGAACUCUGAUUUCACCUCAUCAGCUGACAGCACCGGAGUGUUCGGGUUAACGGCAGCAGGUUAUCUUAAACCGUCUUAUCGGUGUUUAUUUCCGCCGUUAUCAGCGGGUUUACAGUCCGACAGAGAGCUGCUGUCAGCGGGAUCUCCGCUGGACGUUGGACCCAGAGCUGAGGAUCCUUAAGGAGGUUUACUCCCGUCUCUGUCCCGGGUCAGAGCCUUUGUUUUUGGGUCUGAGUCUGAUCCCCAACAUGAAGAGGAGACUUCUCCUGGUGUCAAACUCAACCCUGCACGGCAGCGGAUACCUGGACCACUGUCAGACCAACAUCUCAGACUUCUUCAAGAAAGAUGUGAAGAGGGUCCUCUUCGUUCCCUACGCUCUCCACGACAGAGACGCCUACACCAAGACUGCCAGGGACAAGUUCAGGACUCUGGGCUAUGAGGUUGACGGUAUCCACGAGGCGUCGGACCCUGUGGAAGCCGUCAGAAAGGCGGAGGCCAUUUUUAUUGGAGGAGGAAACACUUUCCGUCUGUUGAAGAGUCUCUAUGACAACAAGGUGGUGUCAGAGAUCAGGAGGAGGGUGCUGGAGGACGGAAUCCCCUACAUGGGCUCGAGCGCUGGCACCAACGUGGCGACCGUCAGCAUCAACACCACUAACGACAUGCCCAUCGUCUACCCCCCCUCCUUCUCCGCCAUCGGCCUUGUCCCCUUCAACAUCAACCCACACUACCUGGACACCAACCCCAACAGCCGCCACAUGGGGGAGACCAGAGAGCAGAGGAUCACCCAGUUCCACGAAGAACCCGACACUCCCAGUGUUCUGGGUCUGAGAGAGGGCUCCAUGCUGCUGGUGGAGGGAAACAAAGCCACGCUGCUGGGAACAACCCGGGCCAGACUCUUCACCAGAGGGAAGCCUGCAGUGGAGUAUGACCCAGGAAGUGACCUCAGCUUCCUGCUGAGUCAGUGACCAAUCAGAGUGCAGCAACUACCAGUGUCACCAACAUCAUGUCACCGUUGUGGACGACUUUUAUCGGACGAUCAUGUAUGUGGAAGCAGAAUAAAUAUUUUUGAAGAAAAAUCCUCAGAGCUCUUUUUU